UAAAGAAGGCAAAUCUUCAUCUCUCAGUUCUGAAAGUUAGUAUCAACAUGGUUAUAGGCGUGCCGGAUUAAAUUCAUGUGUAAACAUACUGGUUGCUGCACAUGAAUCAGGCAAUCAGCACAGCCCGACAAAAUCUGCUUGGUGGCGCAUUUUCACGCCUUCUCGGCUUCUCCAUCCAGAGUCAAGUCUGGAAUCGGGAUAAUUAAGCGGCAAGAGACGCCAUGGCUGCGUCGGCGACGCCGAGGCCGUCGCUGAUCCUCCCGCGUGCCGCCUCGCACUCGCACUCCCAGCCCAGCGCCGUCGGCCUCACCUCCGACCGCGUCGCCGCCUCCCGCCGCCGGCGCGGCGACUUUGUUUUCGUCGUCAAUCCCUCCGGCGCCAAUGGACGCACGGGAAAGCAGUGGAAGCAGCUGCUGCCGCUCCUCCGCACCCGCCUCGCCGAUCAGUGCAACAUUUGCGAGUGCAUCACUUCGGGCCCGUCCCAUGCCAUAGAUGUCACAAGGGAGGCUAUAAAGGAUGGGGCUGAUGCUGUGAUCGCUGUUGGAGGUGAUGGUACGCUUCAUGAGGUGGUGAAUGGUUUCUUUUGUAAAGGAAGUCCAGUGCGUGCUCUCGAUCGAGGGCCUGACCAUUCAACGGCGCUCGGUCUCAUUCCACUUGGAACCGGCUCAGAUUUUGCUCGGACAUUUGGCUGGACAAAUGAUCCUUGUGACGCGAUUGAUCGAAUUGUGAGAGGAGUAAAAUCAAAACUAGACAUAGGCGUGAUGGAGGGUCCAAACAGGGAACCACACUUUUUUGUUAAUGUGGCUGAUAUCCAUUUGAGUGCUAAGGCAGGCUAUUUUGCUUCUAUGUACAAGAGAUUUGGCAACUUAUGCUAUGUAUUUGGAGCUUUAAGAGGCUUUUGGGGACAUAGUAAUCAAGAUAUGAGAAUAAAGGUAAAUGGGGGAGAAUGGGGAACUGUCCAUAAAGUCACUGCCCUGUGCAUAGGAAAUGCCAAGUACUUUGGUGGUGGUAUGAAGAUAACUCCAACAGCUGAUCCAUUUAGUGGCAACCUUGAGGUUGUUAUUCUUCAAGAUUUCAAAUGGUACGACUUUCUUCUGAAGCUACACAGGCUCUAUGGAGGCACACAUCUAUCAGUGAAUGGUGUUUCGUCAAUGAGGGUUCAAUCAAUUGAAGUAGAAGAGGUGACGGGUAGUGGUGGCAUUUUUGUGCAAUCUGAUGGGGAGCAUUUCGGCUUUCUGCCAACCAAAUUUUCAGUUCUUCCUGGUGCAGUUGAUUUCUUCUGCUAGAUCACCAUGCUCUCCCUUCCUAUUGGACUGGCAGAACGAUGCACGAUUCUGUGUCAGAUCAGUGCUUUGAAAUGAUAUGGCAAUCGAGUAGCUGCAUUCAUCGCCACUGUACAUGAGCAAUGUGACGGUCUUGUUUAGUUCACUCAAAAAAUCAAAAACUUUUCAAGAUUUUCCGUCA